AUUGUAUUUCCUGUUUUCCUUUCUUUCUUUUUUUUGGUAGUCACAUGUUAAAACUUACAAAUAUUGCUAAAUUCGAUAGCUGUGACUCGUAUACACGCAAACGACUAUAUGUGUAAAUAAGAACUGUUUAGAAGAAACUUUUAAAAUGCCAAAGAAAAAGACAGGUGCACGUAAGAAAUCGGAAAAACAAAAGGAAAGGCAAAGAGAAAUCAGAAAUGCUCAGUUUGCCCGACCACUGGCUGACAGGCCGUGUAACCAGUUAAUGGAAUGUGAUCAGUGCAAAAGACAACAGAAAAUAAGAGCAUUUUGUUACUUCUGUGCUUCCUUGCAGAGACUGCCAAUUUGUGCAAACUGUGGCAAACAGAAAUGUAUGUUGAAAACUGGAGACUGUUGUAUCAAGCAUCCUGGACAAUACACAACCGGACUAGGCAUGGUUGGUGCUGUGUGUGAUUUUUGUGAAGCAUGGGUGUGUCAUGGGAGAAAAUGUCUUACCACACAUGCAUGUAUCUGUCCUCUUCAAGACGCCGUCUGCCUCGAGUGCAAGAGAGGAGUGUGGGAACAUGGUGGACGUAUCUUCAAGUGUUCCUUCUGUCAUAACUUCCUGUGUGAGGACGAUCAGUUUGAACAUCAAGCAAGUUGUCAGACUCUAGACUCGGAGACAUACAAAUGUCUUUCGUGCAACAGACUUGGCCAGUAUACUUGUUUGAGAUGUAAGACUUGCUAUUGUGACGAUCACGUGAAGAGAAAGGGUUUCAAAUACGCCAAGGGCCAGGCAAUCCCGUGUCCGAAGUGUUCGUAUGAUACAGUGGAAACUAAAGAACUGUCCAUGUCAACGAGGAACUAUACGUACGGUCGACAGGCCAUGGAUGAUGAGGACUAUGAAGGUUAUGGUGCAGCAGGCUUUUCGGGGUUUUCAUCUUACAAUGGAAGCUAUGGGGCUGAUGAUUCUGAUGAUGAAGAUUAUGAUGACGACGACGAUGAUGAUGAAGAAGAUGAUGAGGAUGAGGAGAAUGAUGGUGAUGGACAGGAGAAGAGUGAGAUUGAUAAAGUUGGUGAUGGAGUCAAGAAGCUGGAAGUCAAGGAUUAAUAAAAUGCCCAUUGGACACUUCUUCUUGUUAAAGUUUUAAUUGAAUGUAUUUAUAAGAUUUUUCCCCAUGUUAUGGAUGGGAAAAAUAAUUUAGUAGAGCAACUACAGUAUAUCAGUAACCGUAUAUAAAAAACAUGGUACUGAUGUGUAUUCAGGGAAAUGGUGUUAGUCUGAAAUGUAAGUCAGAUUCAGAAAAUAAUUUAAUACAGCAACUACAAUAUAUUGGUAACCGUAUAAAGAAAAAUGGUAGGCCCCUACUGUGUAAUCAGGGAAACAUUUUUUAGUCAGAAAUGUAUGUCAGAUUCGGAAGUUGAGAAAAGUUGCUCUUCUCCAACAAAGUCAUAUACCAUCAAUGUCCUAAAUGAAAAAAACAUGAAUAGGAUACUUAAGGAAGGAAUAUUUUACAUUUUGCAGAAAUUUACAGUAUGUGAAAUCAGAUGCGUCCCAAUCAGUGCACAUGAAAAAUAAACAAAAUCAAAUGUGUCCCAAUCAGUGCAUAUGAAAAAUGAACAAUCUGAAUGUAAACUGAAUCCAUUCUAGUAAACAAAAUUGUAACCUCAUUGAAGAAACCGGAAAAUGUCUAAAUACGUAAAAUAAUAUUGACAUGUUUUUGAACAUCUCUUAUUGGUCAGUUUGACACCGUAUUUAAAGAAUUAACUUUAAGAACUAAUAUUGUAAACUUAUUUUGAUAGGAUGAAAGAGUGAAGCACAUUUACUAAACCAAAUCAGAAACUGGACAGGUUUAUUUUCUUUGAUUUUAACAAUUCAAUAGAAUUAAUGGAGGGAAUACCACUGGGCUAUGUCCCGCCCUGGAGGGAAUGAUGUUUUGUAUUAUACUGGGCGAGUCAUGAACUUUGACAACUUUAUUCAAGGAUACAGGGGCAUUAUGCAGCCCAGUAGCAAAUGCUUUCCUUGUGCGUAAUAGAUCUAGGAUUGCUCCCCAUCGUGACAUGCAUCUAUCCACUAGCCGUCACAUAGUGGCCUUGACCUAGAGCAGUUAGAGCUACCAUACCUGCUUUACAAAUAGUGAAAUAUUAAGUCAACGUUUGUUUUCACGGAAUAUCAGUGCCAUGAGUAAAAUGAGGCGAUCUUGAAUCUGCAGAUGUAAAAUAUUUUUUGUCAUGUGUGCACACAAAUUGUGAAAAGCCCCCCCAUUCCCAACAAAGCAUAAACACUUAUGUUGAUAUCUUUUAAAAGUGUUAUGUUUCUCAUUUGAUACAGUAUAUUUGCCAGCAAUAAAAUUAAUGCUUUCUGCAUGAUGCAACUUUAAUGUGCUUGGAUAAAACGGUAAAGUAUCAUUUGUAUUGGGUAAAAUCCCACCUUUUACCCAAUUAGUAAUAGAUCGUGAUUUUUGUUAAUGUUAAAGUUUGUUUUGUUUAAUAACACCACUAGAGCACACUGAUUUGGCUUUUGGAAGUCAAACAUUUGGUAAUUUUGAUAGAGGAAACCAGCUACAUUUUUCCUUUAGUAGCAAAGGAUCUUUUAUAUGUAGGCUUACCAUCAUAUGCAGAAUAGGAUAUACCUGUCAAGACGUCUUGGCUGGAAUGAAAAAUAGUGCAAUGGGCACAUCGACAGAGCUUGACCCUCGACCAACUGCACAUACGGAAAACGCUUUACCACUGGGCUACGUCCUGCCACUUUUAUUAAAUGUUAUGCACACGGCCAGCUCUUUAAAAAAUAAUGUAAUUUGGUGUAAACUUUGUAAGUUAUAUGAUUUAAGAAAACAUCUAUAAUUUGUCUCUGUGAAGUAUGUACAUAAUAAUUAUAAGUAAAUUUAUUUGUUAAAAAGUAAUAUGAAAAUGUUAAUUGGAAUUGGAGUUUUAUUUGUUUAGAUGUUAUAUUUUCUUUUAUUCUUUGCUAUAGGCAUAUUAUCAUGUGGGAGGUCUGCAAUAAAAAGAUGCUAUUUU